AUGGCCAGGAAAGACAAAAUAGACGUCCUCUGUGUGCAAGAAACCCACUUUACACAUACCAAAGUUCCGAAGUUUGCACAACAAGAAUAUCCCACGCAAUACCACUCCACACAUUCCUCCAAGUCCAGAGGCCCCUCCAUACUCAUCCACAAAUCACUCUCGUUCGAACUACUUCAAGUCAAAAAAGAUUCCCAAGGCAGAUAUGUCAUCAUUCACUGCACGAUAAACGACAUUAAUUACACGAUUGCUUCAGUGUACAGCCCGAACACUAACCAAAGAAAUUUCUUACACAAAGUCCUUUCCAAAAUACCUAGCCCACAAUUGCAAAAUUUAAUUUUGUGUGGAGACCUGAAUCAUAUAUUCGAUCAAACUUUAGACACGACAGUCCCUGGUGACACCAGGAGGCAGGCCGCCCUCAAACCCCAAUGCAAAGCUAUGACGGAAUUGCUGCUAGAAUACAAUAUCUAUGACUCCUGGCGCACAACACAUCCAAACGUACGUGAAUACACACACCACUCAAGAGCCCAUAAAACAAGCUCACGCAUUGAUCACAUCCUCAUAGCUGCACAUCUCCUCACAUCCAUGAUAGACUGCACAAUAGGGGACUUGACAUGGUCAGACCAUGCACCCGUACGCCUAACACUACAAGACAAGUUUCCCUUCAGGGGAACCUCCCCAUGGAAAUUGCAUGACAGCCUUCUGUUUGAUGACUCCUUCAAAAAUACAUUAGAAAAGGAAAUAAAACUAUAUUUUGACACAAACUACACGCCGCAAACACAACCCCAAAAUGUAUGGCUCGCCCAUAAGGCGGUAAUACGGGGACUAAUCAUUAGCCGGGCAGCAUACCUGAAAAGGAAAGCACGAGAUGAAUACACCACCCUUCUCAAAAAACUCAGAGACCAAACAAAUGCCCACCUCCUUUCCCCGUCUACUGCAG